CCGAUUUUUCGUCCCUUCCGUAUCCCCUACGCUUCUCAGCCAUCGGAAGCGUAGGUCUCUCCUGUUUCUCACUGCUUCACAUUUACAUACAUAACUUUGUAUAUCUAUUUGUAUUUAAAUUAUUUAUCACAGCGAGAGAACGGAAGGGAGAGAUCAUCGGAGGUGAGAGAAUCGUCUGUGGCUGUAGUUGUUGGUGUUCAACUCAUUUCAUUGUCAUCGAAACGACGUCAUUAGAGGUAAUUCGAGAUUGAAGCUUGAUAUGACUGCUACUGCAACUGCAUCUUCUGCUGGUCCGCGUUACGCACCAGAGGACCCCACCCUCCCAAAACCUUGGAAAGGCCUGGUUGAUGGUAAGACUGGAUAUCUAUAUUUUUGGAAUCCAGAGACCAAUGUUACCCAAUAUGAGAGGCCUGUUGCUCCUUCCCAUGGGGGUACUGCUCCACAACAUAAAUCAUCGGUAUCUGUAAGUUCAUCAGUUCAAAGGCCUUCUCAAGGUCAGCGUCCUGACAAUGAUGAUGAGAAUGAAUACAACAGAGGUAGCAAUGGUGGCUUGAGCAAGCUUUCUUCUGGUGAGGGUAUUCAGACUGCAAGAGAAAGUGAGGUUUUCCGCGAUGAAACAUCUGUACCUAAAAGCUAUAGUGCUCCAUCUGCUGCAAGUAACAUAUCUCCAGACGCCUAUCGGCGUCAGCAUGAAAUUUCUGUUACAGGAGGUGAUGUGCCCCCACCUUUCACAUCAUUUGAAGCAACUGGGUUUCCUUCGGAGCUUUUGAGGGAGAUACAUCAAGCUGGUUUUCCUGCUCCUUCCCCGAUACAGGCACAGUCCUGGCCCAUUGCACUUCAGGGCCGCGACAUAGUAGCUGUUGCAAAGACUGGAUCUGGGAAAACUUUGGGUUUCUUGCUUCCUGGCUUUAUUCAUCUAAAACGACGUCGCAAUAAUCCUCAAUCAGGCCCUACUAUUUUGGUUCUGUCGCCUACAAGAGAGUUAGCUACACAGAUACAAGACGAAGCUGUGAAGUUUGGUAGAUCGUCAAAGAUAUCUUGCACGUGUCUAUAUGGAGGCGCCCCAAAAGGCCCUCAGCUGCGAGAUCUGGAUAGGGGAGUAGAUAUUGUUGUUGCUACCCCUGGUCGUUUGAAUGAUAUUUUGGAAAUGAGAAGAAUUAGGCUGGAUCAAAUUUCUUACUUGGUGUUAGAUGAAGCGGAUCGUAUGCUGGACAUGGGAUUUGAACCUCAGAUAAGGAAGAUUGUGAAAGAGGUGCCGACACGACGGCAGACACUGAUGUUCACAGCGACAUGGCCAAAGGAGGUCCGUAAAAUUGCAGCUGAUCUAUUGGUUAAUCCAGUUCAGGUUAACAUUGGGAAUGUUGAUGAGCUUGUUGCAAACAAGUCUAUAACACAGUACGUUGAAGUCUUGUCAUAUAUGGAGAAACAAAGGCGGCUAGACCAGAUCUUGAGAUCCCAAGAACCAGGAUCAAAAAUCAUUAUCUUCUGUGCAACAAAGAAAAUGUGUGACCAACUUGCUCGCAAUCUUACACGCCCAUUUGGAGCUGCUGCAAUUCAUGGUGAUAAAUCUCAGGGUGAGAGGGAUCAUGUAUUGAGCCAGUUCCGCACGGGUAAAUCCCCCGUUCUUGUCGCCACAGAUGUUGCUGCCCGGGGCUUGGAUGUCAAAGAUAUCAGGGUGGUGAUCAACUUUGACUUUCCUACUGGAGUAGAGGAUUAUGUUCACAGAAUAGGAAGAACUGGCCGGGCUGGUGCGACUGGUGAGGCCUACACAUUUUUUUGUGACCAGGAUGCUAAGCAUGCUUCAGAUCUUAUUAAAAUUUUAGAAGGAGCAAAUCAGCGAGUGCCUACUGAAUUACGUGACAUGGCUUCUCGUGGUGGUGGUAUGGGAGGGGCUAGGCGUCAAUGGGGUUCUGGCCCAGGCGGACGUGAAGGAGGACGUGGGGGACGUUAUGAUUCCGGCUAUGGUGGACGAGAUGGAGGAAGGGGUGGUUGGGGAGCCCCAUCAUCGGAAAGAAGUGGACGUGGUUAUGACUCGGAUUCACGUGACAGUGAUAGUUAUGGUCAUGGCUCUCGUGAUACCGACGCUCCACCGAGCUUCCAUGCUCGUAGCUUCCAUGAAACUAUGAUGCAGGCUUCACAGAGACGUGGUCGAAGUCGGAGCAGAAGCCCGAAUAAAGGUUCAGGAUGGGGUGAUACAAAAAGCAGGGAACGCAGUCGCAGCCGUAGUGCUGAAAGAUUUGAUCAGGCUCCUCCUCGUCAAGCCCCAGUGGGACGGAGUUUUCAUGAAAGCAUGAUGGGGCGCAGUGGAUCAUCCCCAGUGGCCUCUAAACACCGAUCACCCUCUUACUCUGAUAAUCGAUCUCCAUCAGCUGGUGAUUGCCAAAAGGGCUGGGAAAAAGAAAAAUCUCCACCUAGAUGGCUAGGUGAUGGGAAACUUGGCAAUGGACCUCGUGCUUACAAUGGGGAGGAGGAAGAAGGUAUGAUUCCUGAAGACGUCGAAACGAGGGCCUAACAUGGCAUGUCUUAUAUUCUGUGUUAAUUUUGAUGUGUUGUAGCUACCCCGUAGGAUUUGCAGGAAGAAAAAGAACCUUUUUUUGCUUUGGUUUAACUAUCACCAGUACUGCAUUUUUUGGUAAACAAUGUUCUCAGGUAGAAGCUCUUAGCGUAUUGAAAGUAGAUAGCUGAAAGUGAAGUUUUUGACGGAUGUAAAUGUAAACAAUGUGACAUCAAGCUUGGUUUAAUGGUACUAUAGCAAUCAUACAUUGCUAAGAAAAGCCCACUUUGAAGUGUUGUUUG